UUUCCUCAUAAAGUUGGUCUUUCAAGAAAAGAAGGAAGAGAUAAAAAGGAAGAGUUUUAAGACAGAGAGAAGAUGGCUGGGAACGGGACAGGGUGUUGCAAGACAGGACCAGGAUAUGCUACUCCACUGGAAGCCAUGUCUGGUCCUACAGAAGCCCUUAUUUAUGUCACCUGUGUUUAUACCGGAACUGGAAGGGAGAAGCCAGAUUUCUUGGCUACAGUUGAUGUAGAUCCAAACUCACCUACUUAUUCUAAAGUUAUACACCGGCUACCUGUGCCAUAUGUAGGUGAUGAACUACAUCACUCAGGCUGGAACUCAUGCAGCUCUUGCCAUGGAGAUCCUUCAGCAGAUCGACGUUUUCUGAUCCUGCCUUCAUUGGUAUCUGGCCGUAUCUACGUGAUUGACACACAGACAAAUCCAAAGGCUCCCUCAUUGCAUAAAGUUGUUGAUCCUGAGGAUAUUGUUCAGAAGACAGGCCUAGCAUAUCCACACACAUCCCACUGCCUUGCCUCUGGUGAUAUAAUGGUUUCAUGUCUUGGAGACAAAGAUGGAAAUGCCAAGGGAAAUGGAUUUCUUCUCCUUGAUUCAGAAUUCAAUGUGAAAGGGAGGUGGGAGAGGCCAGGGCAUAGUCCUCUGUUUGGCUAUGAUUUCUGGUACCAACCUCGACAUAAAACAAUGAUCAGCUCAUCUUGGGGAGCUCCUGCAGCUUUCACAAAAGGUUUCAACCUUCAGCAUGUUGCAGAUGGUCUAUAUGGAAGGCAUCUGUAUGUGUACAGCUGGCCUGAUGGUGAAUUGAAACAAACAUUGGAUCUUGGUGACACUGGACUCAUACCCUUGGAGAUAAGGUUCCUGCAUGAUCCUUCUAAAGAUACAGGUUUUGUUGGGUGUGCCUUGGCAAGUAACAUGGUGCGGUUCUUCAAAACCAAAGAUGGAUCAUGGAACCAUGAGGUGGCAAUCUCCGUGAAACCACUGAAGGUGCAAAACUGGAUUCUUCCUGAAAUGCCUGGGCUUAUAACCGAUUUUCUAAUCUCUCUUGAUGAUCGUUUUCUCUAUUUUGUCAACUGGCUUCACGGAGAUGUUCGACAAUAUAAUAUUGAGGACCCUAAAAAUCCAGUCUUGGCAGGGCAAGUAUGGGUUGGAGGACUGAUCCAAAAUGGAAGCCCCGUAGUGGCUGUAACAGAAGAUGGUAAAACGUGGCAAUCAAAUGUUCCUGAGAUCCAGGGACAUCGUCUGAGAGGGGGACCCCAGAUGAUACAGUUGAGCUUAGAUGGGAAGCGGCUAUAUGUCACCAACUCGCUAUUCAGCACAUGGGAUCGCCAAUUCUAUCCUGAGCUUGUUGAGAAGGGUUCCCACAUGCUACAGAUUGAUGUUGACACUGAGAAAGGAGGUCUCAAAGUAAACCCAUACUUUUUUGUUGACUUUGGAGCUGAGCCUGAUGGCCCCUCCCUGGCCCACGAGAUGAGAUAUCCAGGUGGUGACUGCACCUCAGAUAUUUGGAUUUAGGCAUCCUGAACCAAUCUAGCUUUGAAGAAUCACCCUUUAACAAAGAAGGAAAAAAUAAUAAUAAUAAUCAAUGCAAUCUGUAGAUUCCUGUGACAACAUGUUGGGAUCAUCGGAAUUAGAUAAUGCAUGUAAUUAUAAACUCUACAUCAGCUCAUCAAUGUGGAAUAAUAUACAGCUCAAAUUAGUCAAUAAAGAGUUUGAAUUGUAUAAAUUGCUUCAUGGCGGUGGCA